AACAUCCGGCACGUCGAUAUGUUCCCAGUCUAUUUCCUACAAGUGCGGUCUCCGAUUAACAGAUAUCUGACUGUCUGUGAAGUUGUCAUCUUGGCUCUAUUACAGAAUCUAAGUGAUGCAGGGUAGCUACAGCGGUGGCGAUUAGGCAAAGCGCUCUCGGUAGAACGGCGAAAUGUAAGAAUGAUUGAUUUACUACAAAAGCCAGGCCGCCAUCCUGUAAAGAUUUGGCAUAACGAUUUUCCUAUCUGGUCUUCGCUGUGUUCAUGCUGCCUUCGGAGACCUCUGUGCUCAUCAUCGGUGCAGGCCCAACGGGCCUCGCUGCUGCUAUCUCGCUUGCUCAACAAGGGAUCGAAGACUUCAUAAUUGUCGAUGCUGUCGUUGAGGGACAGAAUUCUUCUAGAGCUAGUGCAGUCCACGCAGCCACCCUGGAGGCACUUGACACCAUAGGAUGUGCAAGCCCCAUUAUCUCCAAAGGCAUGAUAGGCAAAGGGAUGAUGUUCAAAAGGAACACUGCAUCUUUUGCCAUGGCUGAGAUGGAGGAACUCACAGCUUAUACUCGCUUUCCUUAUGUUCUGUUCGUACCUCAGUAUAGCGUCGAAGAGGUCCUCAAUGCUAAACUCUGCGAGUUCGGCGCACAGGUCGUACGUCCUCUUCGUGCAGUGACUAUGAAGGGUUGCAAAGGGUACCAUGGCUUGGAGGUGUCUUUUGAAACAGGGGAGGUCAUUCGGGCCCGGUAUGUUAUUGGUGCUGAUGGAAAGCAAUCAACGGUGCGCCGGCUUGCAGGGAUCUCAUAUACCGAACCAGAUAGCAUAGCUGUCCAAGACUCUGUGGCCCAACUUGUCAUCGCUGAUGUCGUCUUUUCUCCGUCGAAGGAAGCCCAUAUAUCUAAGAGCUACCUUACCGGCAAUGUUUCUCCCGCCGGCGUAUUCUUGACGAUACCAAUGGCGCCACAGCCUGACCCCGUCACUGGUGAAGACGAAGAUGUCGUGAAAAUUAUUUUCAAUGUUCCCCGGUCGUCUGGACCACCGCCUUCCAACCCGUCUCUAUCCUACAUUCAAGAACACAUAAACAUGCAGGGACCUCCUCAUCUUUCGUCCGACUCCGCUGUGAACCCCCAUCCUGUACGCAUUACCAAGAUAGUUUGGUCGACCCGGUACAAGCUGAGUUCUGCGGUUGCCGAGCAGUUCGUUAAACGCAUUCAUAACGAGGACGGUUCCUUAGGGGGUACGGUAAUUGUCAUUGGCGAUGCCGGACAUACACAUUCACCUAUGGGAGGGCAAGGGAUGAACCUUGGCCUUCGAGACGCAAUCCUACUGGGUAUUGCGCUGAAGAGGAGCAUUCAGGAUCAUGAGGAGAAUAGUCAAGAGUUGGAAGAGUGGGGGAGGUCGAGGCAUUCGCGCGCACUCAAUACGAUCCGGACAACGAAGACACUUGCACAUUUUACAGAUCAUCUCAUCUCACAGAACUCGUUUGUAGCGGCCGUAGCAUAUUGGUCGUUCUGGCUUUUGACCAGAUUUCGUUUUGUCAAAAGAAUGAAUGCUUGGAGGCUUAGUGGCCUGGGGAAUGUGUAAAUGAUGAAGACGCUGUAAAAGAAUCACUGACACCGUGACCAUGUCUUGAUAGCACUUAUACAAGUACUAGACUUCAAUAUAUACACUUGUGAGUCUGC